AUCUAUAGUACAAUUUCUUGAACAGAGAUCACGGCGGUGAGAGGGGUGAGAGUGGAAUUGCUGCUUUUUAUUUUGACUGUCGCAGGCCAACCGAGGUUUGAAUUUUUCAUUUGGUCGGAUGGUGUGGCGGCGGGUGCAGGUGGCCCUCACCCUCCUGACGUCCGCCUCGUCCUGUCAGCGACUCCACAUGGCCUGGCGCUCGCACGGCACCGACAACGCGGACAUGGUCCGUCUGCUGCGAGGGAACGGCGUCAUUGAAACGGACCGUGUGGAGCGCAUCAUGCGCCAGGUGGACCGCGGCAACUACUGCGCGCACAACCCGUACAGCGACCGUCCCCAGUCGAUCGGCUAUGGCGUCACCAUAUCUGCGCCACACAUGCAUGCGUAUGCCCUGGAGAAUCUGUCGUCUCGACUACAGCCGGGUGCCUCUGUACUCGAUAUCGGCUCAGGAAGUGGCUACCUGACCGCAUGUAUGGCCCUGAUGGUGGGCGAGAACGGAGUGGCAGUCGGUGUGGAGCACAUCGAGGAGCUGGUCCAGCAGGCGCGCCGCAACAUCGACAAGGACCAGCCGCAGCUGAUCAGCUCGGGCCGCGUGCAGCUGGUGGCCGGCGACGGCCGGCUCGGCUACCCGCAGCGCGCGCCCUACGACGCCAUCCACGUGGGCGCCGCGGCGCCCGUGCUGCCCGAGCAGCUGGUGGCGCAGCUGAAGCCCGGCGGCCGGCUGCUGAUACCGGUGGGCGCCCAGGGCGACACCCAGUACAUGGAGCAGGUGGAUAAGGCUGCCGACGGCACCGUCACCCGCUCCCGGCUGCUGGGCGUCGUCUACGUGCCGCUCACCGACCGCAAGAAACAGUGGCCGGGCAGGUCGGAGCUGUGACCUGGUGUGACCUGCUGUGACCGCUCGGCCGGCCACCCCUCCCCAGGCUGUGACGGGCCGCGCCUCUCAGUUUAAUGCCGCCUCGCCUGCCGCCAGUGUCGGCAGCCGCACGUCGCUAAUUGCCAGUGUUUGUUGUAACAUAAUUCGUCUCCGGUGUGUUAUUAUUUUAUCGCCUACGAUGUUGUGCUGCCGUUUGGUUGUUACUUGUGUAUGCCGUUACGCAGAACGUGCGCGGCGGAUAGUUGUGCCGCGGUGCGACGCGCGUUAAGUGGACCGGACCGCCGGUUACCGUGCUGACAUGUGAGGAGCGGUUGAUUGUUGCCGGGCGCCGCAUGUCCGACGGCCCACGGCAGCGACCCAGCUGCCAGCCGCACACUGACCUCGUUCUGAGCCAUGCACGGUGCACUGAGCGCGGCCAGACGGUAGCGCCACGGGCUGCUCUCCCCUGCCAAUGUUGGAGCGCCGCGGACUCGGGCCGUGCUCCUCGUACCUUGUCGGGCUACGCCAGUGAGCGAUACAUUGAGGAAAAUAAAAGGAAGGCCCCGGC